UGCCUUGAAUCGUGUGCGGUUAAAUAAAUGAUUAGCCUUGGACAAUUAUAGCUUGCCGUGCAUAUCGGUAAAACCUCGUAGAAACGAUUCGUUGCGGGAAACACUUCGCUGUCUGGUCUGCGAAACAGAGGGGCCGUUAGGGGCCGAGAAAAGCAGUGGGAUCUUAGGACCUAGUGGGACGGGCAUUUUGACAAAAAUACGUAUUUUUUGGACAACAUGUUCCUUCCGUAGUAGAUGACUUCAUAAUAUCAUUGGGACUACAGACUCAUUAACGCAAGAAACCGGCUUGUUUCUCUGAUAAUACGCACUUGCAUAUUUAUGUGGAGCCAGAGCAGCCGCUAAACUUUAUGAGUGCAAACGCCGCACUUAAAUUAAAUUUAUCCUGUAAAAUGCCUCAGAAAGGACUGACCAUUCGAUUGAUGCCUGAAAGUUGAGAUCAAAGGAUCUUCAUUUGACAGUGGACGCGGAAUCAGCGGACUCUCUCUCCCUUUUCUGACUUACUGCCCGUGAGACACUGGCGGCGUCUCCUUACCAAGGAACCGCGCUGUAGCUAUACUGAACAUUCGAAGCCAGUGUAAAAAUAGAGGACGCCAGUUAUAUUAUCUUAGGUGACAUCAGAAAAACUAUCAUCAUGCAUCGCGAGACAAGCGGGGUGAUGUUCUCCUACUUGAACAAAACGAAGCCAAGUGCCUACCACGACCGGUGCAUUCCAACCGACUCGAAGGUCCAGACGAACUUCGCCGAACCUUCCAAGGCCUAUUCCAACGCCGACUACGAGAAGUGCGACCAAGUGACCCAGGAUACGAUAUGGAAGCAGAGUGUGGCCAAGGAAACCACCGGCGCCAAGCAAUGGAGCGAAAACUGGGGCUUUUUGACUGAGUUUGACCCUAAGGGCAACCCAAAAGAGAAGGAACCUCUCCCAGAAACAGCCACUCGUUUCUCUGAUAACGUCCCAAACACAAACUCUGGAAAUUACGGCAGCAGACUGAAUACUGACCUCGGAAAGAGGAUGCAAAAUUUGGAAUUCCAGUUUUAUGCUGAAGGCAGGAAGAAGAAGCUUGAUGGAGAUAUUAUAUGCUAUUAGAUAUGCACUCUAGCAAUUUCUUUUAUUUGGAAGGGCCAAAAAAUAUUUUGAGAUGGGGCAUUAUCCAGAAGUGAUAUUUCUGGUCCACGUUAUAUUGUGAUGUAGGGCCAAAAGUGGUCCAGUCAAGACCCAGUGUUUGAAGAGAUGAGCUUGGAAGCACGGCAUUAGUUUUAAACUCAUAAAAACACGAACAGGCUUGGUAUAGAUAUGCUAGCCACAGUUGCAACGCUUCAUCCAACUAAUCUUGGGCCAGCAACUUAGUGACAACCAUUGCAUUAUGUUGGAGCCCAUCUUUCAUGCCAAAGAAAGGGGAGCAUCUCCUUCUCCCCCCCCCCCCCCUCCGAGUCCCAUUAUUAGUCAUACAAAAUGGUGCAAGAUGGAUAGACAUGAUAUUUUAAUAAAAUGUUAUAUAACAAGUGAAUGUGAUACA